AUGGCCGACGCCACCGACAAGAUCUCUAUCACCAUCUGCGGCGAUGGUGGAUGCGGAAAAUCAUCCAUCACCUUGCGCCUGGUGCGGAGUCAGUGGAUUCAUGAAUACGACCCUACAAUCGAGGAUUCAUACUCGGUUACGCGCGUGGUCGAUGGCGUGCCAUACUUCCUAUCCAUCACCGACACGGCCGGCCAGGAAGAGUAUCGCGGCUUAUGGGCGGCUUCCAACCUGAGAUCCGACGCCUUUCUUCUGGUGUACGACAUCACCAACAAAUCGAGCUUAGGCGCUUUGGACUACUUCAUGGACAUGAUUGAGAUCGAAACCGAACAACGCCUUGAGGACAAUGAUCGGUUGCGCAAGGAGUUGGGGGCCAGUGCAGAGGGCCUCGAUGUGGGCAUGCCACCCCCGGUCAAGAUCGUCGCGGGGAACAAGUGCGAUCUCAAAGACAACAGAGUCAUUAGUUCCCGGGAAGGCCUGGAGUAUGCCCGAAAACACGGUUGCGGUUUCAUGGAGACCAGCGCCAGGGAGAUGGUCAACAUCGAGGAAACCUUUGCCCUCCUUGUCCGUCGGGUCGUCGAGGCCCGUCGACUACACUACCAGAAGGGUCCUCCGACCAGUCAAACCGCUCAAAGGGGCGAGCCUUCGACGGCUGCAAAAACCCCUGCUGACACGGUUGUUAGCAAGGAAGGCAAGGGAGAAUCGCAGAAGCGCACACAGAAACGACAGAGUGGUCUUCGUGGGCUCUUUGGAGGUAAACGUGCACGUCAGGAUCCAGGCGAGAAGGGCCAUCUUCAACCAGAGGCAUCGGGAUCGGGGCAGAACAAGCCAUCCAAGCCUGCAAAGGCGAGCAUAUGGAAGCGCAUGAGUUGUUGUUAG